GUUGUUGGAAGAAGAGUAUUACUUAUCUAAAAAAUCACUUCCAGAAAAUUUCUGGCUUGAUCAAAAGGAAGGUGAUAAAAAAUACAUGAAGAGUCUACAGAAAUCAGCAAAAAUCAUUGUUAUCUUCACUCAGACCCAAGGAUUAUGUCUUUUGAGGCUCCUAUCAUCCUGGGCUAGAGAAGUAUACAAGACAGGGUAAAUCUGCCCCCAGGGCACACUCUCCUACAAAACCAGCCAGUUACUCAGUAAAGUGGACGAUAGAAGAAAAAGAGCUGUUUGAACAAGGGCUGGUAAAUAGUGCAAUUUUUAAUUUAUAGUAAAAUAAUUCUAGAAGCCAAUAUUAAUAGAAUUAUAAGGUUAAUUUGUAGAGACCAGAGAUUUCUUUUUAAUGAUCACAUCUUUAGUCUUUCUGUAGUGGCGAUGUUGAUAGUAUAGCAUGAGAGAAUUCAUUUUAACUCGUGUCUAGAUUACUAAAAUAUUAAAAUAGAUUUGGAUCAAUAUUUUAGAUAGUUUUCAUCCUCCCCCCACUCUUUUUUGGUAUUGGUAAAACCCAGGAAACUGAGCUCUGUCUGUAUGCAUAACACCAACUACCUAGAUUAAAAGGAAGAAAGUACUUAUCUGAUGUUUUCCCUUGGGGGGAAAAAAACCCAGAAAAACAAAAAAACUUGUAUAUUUGGAACGGUCUGCAUAAUGAGCUGAGUUCUUUCUUAUUCAGAUAUUUGGCAUCGUGCACACAGUCCGAAUAUUUUUUUAGUGGAUGUAGUGGAAGACCAGAAAUACUUCUUUUGCAUGAAUGUUUCACUGAGAUCUAUUUAAAUGUCCACAGGUUACAUAAUAGAAAAAAAAAAAGUACGCCAGUUUCUAAUUCUGAAAAUUCUCCUACUAACAUGAAGAAACUUUUAAGAAAAUAUUUGGAAAUUUUUUUCUAUUAAGUGUAGGUUGUAUCUUUUUCUUUAAGGUACAUGUUACCCAGUAUUAUGCUAAUUUUGAAAUGAUAUAUACUUAUAUGUAGGAUAUUUAUGUAAUAUUUAUGUGGGAUUUAUGAAUGCAAAUUGAAAUGUCAUUGUUAACAUUUCUGCAGAUGAGGGAAAUAAAAUGUAUUUGUAUUUUUACAGUUAACACCAUGACAUCUAUAUAUUCUGUGAUGUCUUUGUAUAAAUAAAUAAACUAUCUUGAAGGUUUUAUCUCCUCCUGAGGUUUUUAUCCUGUACUGUUGAUGUUUUUUAUAUUGGUAUUUCAUUCUGUUGCAUGAUUAUCAUUUUUAUAACUGAACUUUAAUUAACUAGUCACUUAUUGAAGAUUGCUGAUUGCUUUGGUGUUUUGCCCCUUACUGAAGACUGUGUGUGUGUGUGUGUGUGUGUGUGUGUGUGUGUGUGUGUUUGUGUGCGCACGCGCGCGCACAUAUACACACCCAAUAAUGGGUUGUAAAUUUUUAGAUUAUUGUUGACACUGGUGGUAAUGAUAGGGGCUUCAUCUGCAUGGCUCAAAAUUCAAAGGGUAUCUAAAGUUACAGGGUGUUAAGUCCCCCUAUCACUCCUGUCUCUGCCUUUAGUUCUCAUUGCCGGAGGCAACCAUUGUCAUCUGUUCUUUGUGUAUGCUUCCAGAGAGAUUUUGUCCCUAUAUAAGCAAAUAUAUAUUUAUUGAUAGAUAGAUAGAUAGAUAGAUAGAUAGAUAGAUAGAUAGAUAUCUACUUGUAUGCAUAAACAGAUAUUUUAAACUUAGAAUGUUUUCCCACAAAACUACAUGGAACUAUUGGUUGUAUUCCCAGCCUUUUUAACCUGUUGAUAUAGUUUGUUUAUACACUGAAUUCUCUCAGGCUUUAGGGAAGGGAAUUGUGUGGUACUGAAUGAUGAAGGAAGAGUUUUCUUUCCCUUUUUUGGGCAUAGAGCUCUCUUUUUUCUCUAUUUUGAAAUUGGUGAGUUUUUUCUUUGUUCCCCUUGUUAGUGUACCAUCUCCAGUUUUCAUAAUGCCUAAGCUCCUACAGCCCCAAUUGUCCAGAUCUUUGCUGCGUCCAGAAGUGUUCCAUGCUACGAAGUUAUUCAUUUGCCUUCAUCCCACAAUAAAUAUAACUAAUUUUGCAGCUAAAUUUGGCCGAAGGUGGACCAAAAUUGCAAAGCUAAUUGGAAGUCGCACUGUUUUACAAGUUAAGAGUUAUGCCAGGCAGUACUUUAAAAAUAAGGUAAAAUUGGAUGCUCCAGAGAAGGGAACACCACAUCAGAAGAGCAGCAGUGGUCUUCAGAUUAAAAAUGAAGAUGAAGGCACAAAGGCCUGGACGCCAUCAGGUUUAAGGGGACAUGCUGAUCCCAACUUGAAUGCUAUAAAAAUUGAAAAGUUAUCUGAUGAUGAAGAAGUAGACAUUACAGAUGAGGCAGAUGAGGUGACUUCUCAAGCUCCUCCCAAAAUUCCUGGCAGUGAUGUCUUAUUAAACAUUCCUAAUAGUAAAAGUCAUGAAACCAGUCAAGGAGAAUUUAUUGCUUCUUACAACCAGGAAGAUUCCAUAUCUAAAUCUUCCAAGGAAUAUUUUGAGAAUACAAAGCAGGGUGAAAUAGAAGUACUUUCAAGCUCAGGAAUUACAUUUUGGACUGAAAAACAGAGCACUAGUGACAAAAAAUCAGUUGAAUUAAAUGAUCAGAAAUGUAAUAAACUGGUGAAAAGCUGUGAAAAACAUGAUGGAAAUGGAGUAAUAGACGAUGCCAGGCAGCUGCCUUCUCCAGAGCUUUGUGAAGUUCGGGAAGAUCUGAGUGAUGAAGAAAUGCUUUUUCAUUCUUCCUGCCAAAUGGAGGGGGAGAGCCACGAGGAAGAAGAGCUUAAGCCACCAGAACAAGAAGUGGAAAUAGAUAGAAAUACCAUUCAAGAAGAAGAAAAACAAGCAAUUCCUGAGUUUUUUGAGGGGCGCCAAGCUAAAACACCAGAACGCUAUUUGAAAAUUAGGAAUUACAUUUUGGAUCAGUGGGAGAUAUGCAAACCGAAAUACUUAAAUAAGACCUCAGUACGUCCUGGCCUGAAGAACUGUGGGGAUGUUAAUUGUAUUGGACGGAUUCAUACAUACCUCGAGUUGAUAGGAGCAAUCAAUUUUGGAUGUGAACAGGCUGUGUACAACAGGCCACAACCAGUUGACAAAGCACGAGCCAGGGACCGAAAAGAUGCGGCGGAAGCAUACCAGCUUGCACAGCGUCUGCAGUCUAUGCGCACAAGGAGACGUAGGGUCCGAGACCCAUGGGGAAAUUGGUGUGAUGCAAAAGACUUAGAAGGACAAACCUUUGAGCAUCUCUCUGCCGAGGAAUUGGCGAGAAGAAAAGAGGAAAAAUGUAAAUCUGUUAAAUCCUCAAAAGUACCAAGACCAACAAAAAGCUCAUUUGAUCCCUUCCAACUGAUACCUUGUCAUUCUUUCAGUGAAGAAAAGCAGGAGCCAUUUCAGGUGAAAGUGGCUUCAGAAGCACUUUUAAUAAUGGAUUUGCAUGCUCAUGUUUCUAUGGCAGAAGUGAUUGGUCUAUUAGGAGGAAGAUACUCAGAAGUUGAUAAGAUAGUUGAAGUCUGUGCAGCAGAACCAUGUAACAGUCUGAGUACAGGACUGCAGUGUGAGAUGGAUCCUGUGUCACAAACACAGGCCUCAGAAACCUUGGCUGUGAGAGGCUAUCGUGUAAUUGGGUGGUAUCAUUCUCAUCCUGCCUUUGAUCCAAAUCCUUCUUUACGAGAUAUUGACACUCAAGCCAAAUACCAGAGUUACUUCUCCAGAGGCGGUGCCAAGUUCAUUGGAAUGAUUGUUAGUCCUUAUAAUCAGAACAAUCCUUUACCUUAUUCCCAGAUUACCUGCCUAGUUAUAAGUGAUGAAAUUAGCUCAGAUGGCUCUUACCGUUUACCUUACAAAUUUGAAGUACAGCAGAUGCUAGAAGAACCUCAGUGGGGAUUAGUGUUUGAAAAGGCAAGAUGGAUAAUAGAAAAAUACCGACUGUCCCAUAGCAGUGUCCCUAUGGAUAAAAUCUUCCGCCGGGAUUCUGACCUGACUUGUUUGCAGAAACUCUUGGAGUGUCUGAGGAAAACUCUGAGCAACGUGACUAAUUGCUUCAUUGCCGAAGAAUUCUUGACUCAAAUAGAAAAUUUAUUCCUUUCCAAUUACAAAAGCAAGCCAGAGAAUGGAGUGGCUGAAGAGAACUGUGCUGUGGGUCCAAAGGAAUUGUUAAUGUGAUUAUUUUAAAGUAAGACAUUCUAAUCUGGACACAAUAGAUCCUACUCUCAAAGUAAUAACCUUGAAAUUAUUGUCAUUUAGCUAAUAGUGGCACACCUUUGAUAUUUUGUCUCUAGUUCACAGAAUCCAACUUGGUCACGUAAAUCAUGUGACAAAGAGAUAUGGACUUGUUUUCCUGCAGUGAUUAUCAGAGUGUUGUGUGAACCAGGGUCUGCUGCGGUGCUCCAGUCCGACCAUGGCCAGUAAGCAGUGCAGUAGACUCUGAAGGGCUGUCUGCUGUACUGUUGUAUUCAGGUCGAUAAAUGGCAUGUAUCUGUCAUA